AUGAUUCGAAAUUUACGUCUUCACCCAGCACUAUAAAAUGCAGGGCGGUUAUUUCAAGACAAAAAGGGUUCACAUUUUCGUUAACGGCCAUGCUCAAUCUAAAGCUUUCUAUAUUCAUCCAAGAUGUCGGCUAGGCUGGAGCGCCAUUUUGGACUGCUUUUCCAAAACCUUAAAGCCAUAUUUUGGGGCCAUUCGGGUCUUAAGGUCCAUAGAUGGUCGAAGAGUCAUUGAGAGUUUCAGCGACUUACAACACGAAGGAAAAUAUGUAGCUUGUGGACUAGAAGCUUUCAGAAAUAUUAAAGGAGGAUAUAUAACCAGUUUGGAGAUCCAUACGAAAUCGAAAACCUCUGAGUAUUAUCCGACAGAUAUCCUCAGUCCAGAUGAACAAAAAAAAUAUCCCUGUCUUAUAGAAACAAUGCGAAAGGGAAGGACAAUCAUUUAUGUGUUCGCUAACGGUAAGAGGUCAGACCCGAAAAAGGUUGUGCUCAUCAAGUCGGACUAUGAGGCUUGGGAUAUCAUCCUAACUCAUAUUGGAAACAUUCUUGAUAUUCCGGAAGGAGUGAAAGGGCUUUAUACAGUGUUUGGUCAACCCCUGUGUAGUCCUCAUGAGAUCCAGCAUGGAGGAUAUUAUGUUGCCAUUGCUUUCAAUGCUUCCUUCAAACCGAUGAAGUACUUAACAUCCCAAAGGAGCAAAAGUUAUCAUGAAUCAAGUCCGAUGGUCACAAAGGAUGUGUAUAUUUCCGCCUCCAAAACUUGCCCAACGAUGGACGGUAGCAUCAGGAAAAGGAGGAGGUCAAAAACGACAAAAGUUAAGGAUAAUUUCGAAGAGAGAGUCUCAGAUACAACGGACAACUUUGAGCAUCACGUUAGGAUAGAGGGAAAUGCUAUAAAGAGGAAGGAAGGAAAACGAAAAUGGGAUACGGACGAUAAAUAUAAAAGCUACAUGAAGAAACGCCUCACAGGUUAUCCGGGCAACCUGUUUUUUGGAGCUCGGGAUAGAAUGGAAACUCCAGAUUCUACAUUCAACGAUCAGCAAUUAACGGUCGAUUCUAUUUAUCAAGGUUCUAGACAGUCUGAUCAAGAUACAGACGUCAAAUUUCACGGGAAUGAAGUGCAUAUGGGCAGCUUCGUUCAAAAGGAAGCCUACACACAGACGAGUACUUUGUUCUUGGAGGCCACCUAUGAUAAGGACAACGCUAUAUUUUUGAACCGGAGAAGAUACUAUUUAGUACCGGAAAGAGAGAUCCAUAAAUUCGGUGAUUCAGACAAAUCCGAAUGGUACACUGAGUUGUUUUCCGAUUUGUCAAAGAAACCUGUACUGGAAUUCAGUGAGGAGGAGAGGAAAGAGAUUGAAUUACUAGCUGGUGCAAUGGUUGGCGUUAUAAUCCAAGUUUCAGAAAAAAUCGCAAAUAGAACAGUAUUUGGAAGGGAAUCGGAGCUGAGCGAUGCCGUUGGCAAAUUAUCUCUCAUUCCCGAUACACUUCAACCUAGGAGCACAUCUAAUGAGUCCCAAAAUAAUACCUCACAAAGCAGUAGACACACUUCAUCUGUUAUGUCCAAGGAUAAAUCCCUUCGCUUGUCUGUUCCAAUAGGAAGACAUUCCACAAAUAAAGGGCCAGUAGAACCAAAGAAGGAGUCGUCUACUCUGUUGCGUGAUUCAUCAUUAUUGUUGCAAUCGUUGGAUAAAGAGUUCUCACCUCUAACACCCUCCCACACGUUGGCAACUAAUCUCGAAGAAUUAGAUUAUCUCCAGUCUAUCGAAGAUGGAGACGGUCUCAACAGGCUGAGCAGCUCGCUGCUGAAACAUCUGAAGAAGGAUAGUGUCGCUCUUUCGGCUGAUGAGCUGAAGCCUCUGAUCAAAGAAGGCGAGGGAAUUAACGAAAAUAUUCCCGAAAUAUAUCUAGAGCAGAAUAUCGAAGUAACAAUGGAAGGAGAAGAGGUAUCGGACGAAUGGAAAAAACUGGAUAUUUUGGACGAUAUCGGAAUAAUGGCCGAAGAUGAAAUCGAGACUGAUGAAGACUUGGAAUUACUUUUAGACGAAGAGGAAGAGUAUGCUGAAGGAAUUCCUUCUGACGGAUAUGCCAUCUCUGAUUUCGAAAAACAAUAUGAGGAGGAAACUGAUUUUUCAGAGUCGUAUGGAGAAUUCCAGGAUGAUUUUGAGAGGUAUGGUAGUGAAGAAUGUGAAGAAGGCGAUGAUGAUGAUGAUGAUGAUGAUGAUGAUGAUGAUGAUGAUGAUGAUGAUGACGAUGUGCCUUAUUGUCAAAGAUAUCAUGAUUACAUCAAAGCUCAGAUGCGGGCAGCAGAGCUAGCUCAUUCUAAAAAUGCCGCUAAAAAAGAAUCUGUAGAGGUUGAAAAUACGAACGAACCACAGUCGCAACAGGAACAUGAAAAAAAAUUCACCGCAUUUUCGGAGACGAUCGUAGAGUAUAAUGACGAAGAAACGGAUAAAAAACAUUCUGUAGAUGAUGGAGAAAUCGAUAUUCCUGAACAGAUAGGUCCAGAUGAGGAGGUUAUGAUCGAGGAAGCAGAUGGGAAGGAAGAAACUUUAUCAAAACCUGUGGAAAUGGAUGAAGCAAAAGAAGAAAUGCAACCUGAUCAUGAAGAAGAGGUAAUUUCUCUUCUACCACCGGUGGAAGAUAUUCCUGGAAAAAAAUCACAGGCUGUGCCUGUAGAGAUUAGAAUAGCUAAUCUGGAUAUUCCAUACGUCAAACCCAAAUCCUUCGCAGGAAGUCUUGAAGAUAGAAGGAUCACUAUAAAUACUUGGGAUCAUUCAGUAGAAAGAGUGCUUAAAAAUAAAUUUGAGGAUGAAAUACCUAAGGUUGGAGAUCAGCCUACCCAAUAUACUUCUGAUCAAAUGUUGAAAGGUGAGGGUCAAGAGAUGGAUAACAAAGAAGUUAACAACGAACAGUCCUCUGACAAAGACAUCGAAGAAGAGCGAAGAUCGCUUAUGAAUUUUUUCAGAUUACGGAUUGAACAUGCCCUCAAUGAAAAUCUACAAGAUUCACAGGAACAUUCAGUUUGAUAAAUAUGGUUAAGAAAUUGAUUAUAUUAUUGUUGAUAUGAUUUUUAUUUCAAUAAAUAAUUUCAUUAUU